AUGAUCAGAGAUCUUGGUCAAAGCAAACUCCCACGCACGGGGCUUGCCGCCUUGCUAGCUGGACUUGAUAUACCGGGAGAGAUCAAGCUGCCAGACAGCUCUACUGUGGCUGUGGGCACAGGCGAGCCACUAUACAAAGUCACAUUCCGUACUAAGCGCUCCCUGAAGACACCGAUGACUGAGUUAGGCGUGGGUCGUGCUUUUGUUGCCGGUGAUAUCCAUGUAGAAGGAGAUAUCGGUGCACUCUUUGAUGCGCGAGAGAAGCUGCGCGAAAAAGUACCGCUUCGACAGAAGGUCCAAUUUCUCUAUGAUUUUGUUCGAACUGCGACAACGAUGAAUGCUAAGGCUAUUGGCGAUCACUAUAGCCGUGGAGAUGAUUUUUAUCUGACGUUCAUAGACAAACGCUUCAGAUUCUAUUCUCAUGGAUUGUUCCAACGACCCGACGAGACUAUCGAGGAAGCAUCGGAACAUAAACUUGAAUCUAUGUUCAAUGGCCUGGGUCUCAAAGAAGGCAUGCGCAUUCUUGAUAUUGGCGGGGGAUGGGGUGGAAUUACUCAGUACUGCGGCCCUCGUGGCGUCCAUGUCACGACGUUGACAAUCGCACCAGAUUCAGCUCGCUUCAUUCAACGUCUUAUCGAGGACAAAAACCUCCCAGGCCAAGUGUUUUUACAAGACUUUCUUUUACAUAAGCCCGACGAGCCCUAUGAUCAUGCUGUCAUGUACGGAGUCAUCGAACACAUUCCAAACUAUCAGCGCUUUGCUCGCACCGUGUGGGAUGUGCUCAAGCCAGGCGGUCGCAUCUAUUUGGAUGGAUCAGCAGCUAUUGAGAAGUUUGCUGUCAGCUCUUUUACCAGAGACUAUAUUUGGCGUGGCACCCACACAUUCAUGACAAUCCAGGAUGUCAUGGCGGAAUUUCUUUACCAUGGAUUUGAGAUAUUGGAUGUCACGCGAGAAACCCGUGAUUAUGAACUCACAAUGCUGGAAUGGGCAAAACGUCUGGACGCAGCUAAGGAAGAUAUCAUCGCAGGCUGGGGGAAGAGACCUACCGAGUCUUUCGAUUGUUCCUGUGGGGAGGCACACAUGCAUUCAAGACCAACACUUUACAGGCUUAUCACCUCAUCGCGGAGCGAACAUCGUCUCCUGGCCCACGUCCUUCUACCGUCCGGCGCAUUAAGCAAUUCUUGGGUAAUCUUCGGUAAAUGA